AUGGUGCUCCAAUACCUCAGUACCACGAUGGGCUUCUCAUGUCCGGCGCUGCGGCCGCCGUCGCUACUGCCGCGCCUGCCGUACCCGGCGUCCCGCUUCGAGCCACUCGACCAGCCAGCGCCGCUGCCACAUCAUGCGCUGGCCACAGACCUCGAGAACGACGGCGCCGUCGUGCUCAUUGCCGCGCGAUCCAAAACGACGCUCUUGACAAAGGACAUGUCUCGGCGGCUCGAACAGUUGGCCGUUGCGGGCAGCGAGCACCCGCUGAUUGCGCCCGUGAUUGGCAUCUUUGACGCCGGGGCGACAUGGAACGUCGUCUACUUCCUGCAUGCCCGCCUCGCACCAAUGCGUACGCUCGCCCAAGACGUCGCUUCGAAAGAUGGCUACACCGAGGCGCAGCUCCACCGCAAGGCGUUUGCGCUUGUCGACGCGCUACACUAUUUGCAUACGCGUGGCAUCGUCCAUGGCAACCUCACCAUCCACCACCUCUACAUUGCUGGCGAUCGCUUGCAGUUGCUGCUGCCGCCGUUCCUGGACUUGCACACGUCAUCGGCCAUGCACCCGCCGACACCCCACUGCAAAGCCGCCGAUAUCUUUGCGUUUGGGGCGCUUAUCUACCUCUUGACGACGGGCCACGACCCCCACCUCGAUGUGAUUCGAGACUCGGUUGCGCUGCAGUCGCUCACAGUGCCCGCGCAGACACUCGUGCUCGAGUGUCUCUCCCAUGACUUGAGCCUCCGCCCCACGACCACGAUGCUCUUGCAUCGGCAGUGGUUCUCCUUUCAAAAGCCAACAAGCCAUCGGUACACGCCGCCUCGGUCGUUCCCGUCGCUGCAUUCGUCUUCGUCCUCGUCGCUCGACGACAAGGAAACACUCGUCAAGAUGCCGGACGUGACCAAGCCACUCGCGGGGGCCACCGCCUUGGUAGUGCCAUCGUCCGGAGGGAAGAGUGGGAGUCUCCUUGACACCGGUAGUCCUUUGCUGUCGGACGAGCCGCUCGCCGUGUACACGGCAUUUGAUGCGCCGAGCUACGAUUGUGCUGUGCCAGCGUACCAGCCGUUCACGUACACAGCGGCGCCAGCGUCGACCACGCGCCGGCUGACCAAUCACAUUCGCACGACGCACCCCGUCGCACGGUCACUGCAGCUGCCCGUGCACUUUAGUGCGUUUGGCCCACCGGCGUGGGACGCCAAGUGCCGCGUGUUUAUUUGGGCGUGUGCACCGCACCAAUUCGAAGACAUGCUGGCGAUGGCGCUCGACGAAGGCGUCGUCGAGACCGGGCGCCUCUCGCGCGGUCUCCGGGUCACCCACGGCACGAUGAUCACGAUCGCGAUCGAGCCGUGCGUCGGCCUCACAGUUAUCGGCGAGUCGGCCAAGUCGUUUCAAUGGGUCGAAGAAAUGGAAAAGGUCUUCUUUGACCUCAAGCGAAUCGAGGCGGACGAUGACGUUGGUCGGCUCUGUCGCGCCCGCGUCAUUGUCGGCACCCACGUGGCCAUUUUGCACUUUACAAUCCCGCCGCCAACAAUUCUUCGUCACCAGCGUCAGGAAGACGAAUCCGAAGCACGUGUCGUGACAUACCCGUCGACGUACACACCAUUGGACGCGCCGCCGCGCGAGGCCAUGGCGAUUCCGCUCUCGUCGCUCACGCUUCUCGAGCCGAUUGGCGCCGGGUCCUUUGGGACAGCGUACCGAGCCGUCUACAACAACACUGAUGUUGUCGUCAAGAAGCUCAAGACGGACGUGCUAUCGAGCGUGUCACGCCACGAGUUUCUGCACGAAGUGCGCGCGCUCUCCAUGCUCGGCAAGCACCCGCACGUGGUUGAGUUCAUCGGCGCCUGCGACGACGACCUCGCGCUUGUGAUGGAGUAUGUGCCCAACGGCAGCGUCGAGUCGCUCUUGUACGACUCGGAAUACCGUACGUACGGCGCCUACCCGCGCACGAUCUUUGCGCGCGACGCUGCGCACGGCGUGCUCAACAUCCACCAAGGCUCGUUUCUGCACCGGGACAUAGCCGCUCGCAACUGCCUCUUGGACGCGGAUUUUCACGUCAAAGUGUGUGAUUUUGGUCUCUCGCGGCCCAUCGACCGCAUGGGCCACGUUCUGGACCAGCCGGGGUUCGGGCCGCUGAAAUGGAUGGCCCCCGAGAGCUUGGAGCUCCCCCACGUCUUUUCGCCGGCGUCGGACGCCUAUAUGUUUGGCGUCCUCCUCUACGAGAUCAUGGUCGGCACCGAGCCGUUUGGCCGCGACAUGCCGCCGCAGGAAGCCGCGGCGCUUGUGCUCGAGGGGCACCGGCUCAGCAUCGACGCGGUCUCGGCGUGCCCUGACGAGCACCGCGCCCUUCUCGCCGCGUGUCUGCGCUCAGACCCGCAAGCGCGACCGAGUAUGAUGGACAUUGCGCGCACGCUCGACGACUGGCUCCGCGCCAACGCUCUCUCCAAGUAGACGUUUUGCAGCUGUAGAAAGAACAUGGGACGUGUAUUUAUCAACUGA